AUGGCUUCUGGAGCGCAUCGGGUGCUUCUCCUGCUUUCUGCCUUGGCAUCGGGUGAGCCUGGACUCAGCUCGCCGGCCAGAUGUCGCUUAGAGGAUGGCAGCUGUCCUCUGCACGACAUGGAGCUCGAUUCCAGCACCUUAGUUGUUCCAGGCGGCCAAAGUCGCUGCAUUUUCAGCAACACGGCGUCCGAGUACGCCUUCCAGGUCAUACCUGGCGACGCGGACAAGCUCUUGAUCUUCUUUCAGGGUGGCGGAGCCUGUUUCAACGAUGCUAGCACCCAGGGAGCUGCGCCCUGCUUGUCCCAUGUGGUUGAGCAGCCUCUGGUCGGGAUUUUCGACCGCACCAAUGCUGCAAACCCGUAUCGCAAACACACGGUCGUCCACAUCAACUACUGCAGCGGUGACUUGCACAUCGGUAAUGUGGUCAGAUGGUAUCUGGAUGGGGCCGGUCAACGAGUCGAACAGCGAGGGUUCCCGAAUGCCCUGUCUGCCAUCAAGUGGACGAGGAGAAACAUGGCGGGUAGAUUAGCGUCCCUGGUCAUCGCCGGGUCUUCUACUGGUGCUUUGGGGGCCCAGCUUUGGGCUGCUACUCUUCUGAGGAGCUUCAGUCACCAAUCCGCUGCGGUGAUCAGUGACUCGGCCCUCGGCAUCUUCCCCGAGCAUUCGCAGGGUCCACUUCUUGCAGGCUUCGGAUUAUGCAAGUCUGGCCUUCUGGACGACUCUGCCGCCCUGCAGAGGCUUUGCAGGUCUCAACAGCUGACCAUGCAGGACAUCUUUCACCAGCUGGCAGCAGAAUAUCCACACGUGGCACUCCCUGUCAUCACGAGUCAGCAAGACGCCAUGCAGAUCAAGAUCUACAACGCCGUCUGCAUGGCGAAUAUGAUGACGGAACGAGACAGCGCUGCAGAGUGGGAGUCGAAACUCAUAGCCACCCUCGAGUCGUACAACAAACAUCCCGGCUUUGUGCUGUACCUGAUGUCCGGCAACUCCGAUUACUUUUUACCCGUGAAGGAGCUCUUCACGACAGAUCUGCGUGGCAAGCAUGGCUUGCCUUCGUAUGGCCUCAAGCUCGUGCAGUGGCUGGAAAGCCUUCCAGUCUUCGCUGGACAAAGCAUCUCCAGCGAAUGCAGCGCCUGUGCGCCUGUCCUGGCUUCCAAAACCUUCACUGCUCCGACGGCCAGGCUUCAGCAGGAAUCGCUUGUGGCAGUUCAGCCCCGAGAUCUCCCCAAGGAGAGCAAAGAUGAUGUCGAGCUUUUGCCCAGCAUUCACGUUGAGCCUCCGUCCCUGGAAUAUCCGUGGUGGUCAUACCUCUACUAUGCGGCGUUGCUCGUAACUGCUGCCCUGCUGUCUCUAGGAGCGGCGCAGGAGUGGUGCCAUCGAUCAAGCUUCCAAAGUGACGCCCAUCACGAAUCCAGCCAGGACAUCCUUGGCGGACAUCCGUGCUGCCGGGUCACAAGUAAAAGAACUCCUGCGCUUGCUGAAGUUUACAAGUUGCCUUGCAAAGGCGCAAGAAGGUGGUGGUUGGGACAACAAGCCAGUGCUGGAUGCCGCACCGCAUGCAGCCAAGGUGUCAAAGUACAUCACCCCCUCGCAAAUGGUGGUGGUGAGCACCAAGGCGUGCAUGACGAGCACCGGCAGCAUCUCAACUUAGACCUAGUCGGUGAUCUUGUCACCUGCAUCCGUGCUUCGACAAUUGACAGCGAGGCCUUGAUGAAGGAAGUGACGGAAGAGGAGAUGACUGAAUUCUUCAUUUAUGCCGGCUGCCCGGGCAAUUGGCGAGG